AUGCCGGAGUUUCCCUGGCCAGUGCAGAUGAGCGACCGGGGAGCAGAACUGGAGCAUCCGCACGGCGCAAAAUCCCCAAAGUCGUGGAUUCUGCUCGUCGGCACAGGCGGUGCACAGUGUACACCUGAAGACUGGGAGUUGCAGGACCACUUGCGCAGGCAGUUUGUAUUGAAGUCGUACUCCGAAGUUCAGCGGCUGCUGGAGACGCUGCCGCAGGUGGCCCUCCGGGAGCUGUUGGUGAAGUUCGCGAGGCCCAGCGAGACAGAGAUGAGAAGCCUCCUGGAAGCUUCCGGCUGGGACUUGACCCAUGCGCAGCCCGCCAUCGACUCCGUGCUGAAGCGGCGAAUCACGCUGGUGAAGCAGGUUGACGGCGGCGAGCUGACUCGAAAUGCGCUGAGCUUGUGCGAUUGGGAGCCGAGCCGCGCGGCCGCCUUACUGGCGUUGCAGCUUCAGUUAGGAGCGGACAAGUCUUAUCUGCCGCAGCUGCAGGAGGCGCUGGAUCGAAGUGGGGGCGAUGCCGACCGCGCGGAGGCUGUGAUGAAGCUGAUGCAGGCGGUUGGCAGCUUGGAGGGUGCUGCCAAGAUUCUUGAGCAGACGGGGUCUUGGUCCGUGCCCGUAGCCAAGCGCGUGUUGGAGAUCCGCAAGCGCUUCCCCCGCGUCUCGGUGCCCGUGGCGCGCGAGGUGCUGGUGCGGAAUGCGGCCUCGGCAGGUUGA